AAAUGAUGUGAAGGGUGUCAAAACAUAUCCGAGCGGAGACAUUUACUCGUAUCAUAAUCCUGUUGUUGUGAAUGUAAGGUUUAUGGCACGAAUCAGUGGAAGAAGGAGUCAAUGUCACUCACAUAUGUUUGACGUACGAGUGGCAAAAGCAUUACAGGUUUCCUCAACAAUUGAACCAUCCAAGACCGUGUUUCACAAAAUAACACAUAUCAUAGCGAAU